AAAUCGCACUAGUUUAACAAAGACGUACCCUGCAAAGAAAAUCCAACCACUGCUGUGCCAGAAUGUCUGAGGUCCAGACAAAUGUUCUCACAGGGAUCCAGUCUGAGCUGGCAGAGCUGAAAUCCACUGUGAGUUCCCUGAAGAACAGACUGCAGGUCACCGAGGAACAACUACAACAGCUCAGAAAAAAUGAUUAUAAAGUGGCAUUUGGAGCCACACUUGGAUCAAAUGGUGACUUUGGACCCUUCAACACUCCAGUCACUCUGGUUUACAAUAAUGUCUAUGUGAAUGAAGGAGGAGCUUACAACCCAUCCACUGGGAUCUUCACAGCACCUGUAAGAGGAGCCUAUUUCUUCAGUUUCUCUGGACAUAACCGCUCUUCUAAAGUUCUGAAUUUAGGACUGUUUAAAAAUGAACAACAGAUGGAUAAUUGCUUUCAAUCAUCCUUUUGGUGACCGCUAUGAAUCAACAGCUAAUUCAAUCUCUUUGACUCUAGAGAGAGGAGAUCGUGUUUAUGUGCGUCUCCGGGAGACUUCAUGGGUCUUUGAUAAUUACAGUCACCACAAUUCAUUUGUUGGUCAUUUACUUUUUCCCUCUUUGACAAUCUUA